UGCGCAGCGGGCGGAGCCUGUGGAGGUCCUGACGGGAAGGUCUUUUUGUUUGGGCCGCUGAGAGAGUCGACACUUGGUUUGAUUCCCCUGGUUAACAACCGUUUUUUAUCUGCAUUAAUUUCGGGUGUCUUUUAUGAAUAAUCAAAAGCAGCAAAAGCCAACGCUAACCGGCCAGCGUUUCAAAACGAGGAAAAGAGAUGAAAAGGAGAGAUUUGACCCUACUCAGUUUCAAGAAAGUAUCGUACAAGGCUUGAAUCAAACUGGCACUGAUUUGGAAGCGGUUGCAAAGUUCCUUGAUGCCUCUGGCGCCAAGCUUGACUACCGCCGGUAUGCAGAGACACUCUUUGACAUCCUGGUGGCCGGUGGGAUGCUGGCCCCAGGGGGGACUCUAUCUGACGACAUGACCCGCACUGAGUUCUGCCUCUUCACGGCACAAGAAGACCUGGAGACAAUGCAAGCAUAUGCUCAGGUUUUUAACAAGCUGAUCAGGCGUUACAAGUACCUGGAGAAGGGUUUCGAAGAAGAGAUCAAGAAGUUGCUGCUGUUUCUAAAGGGGUUCACUGAGUCUGAGCGCAACAAACUGGCCAUGCUUACCGGUAUCCUGCUGGCCAACGGCAACAUAUCAGCCUCCAUCCUGAACAGCCUCUUCAACGAGAACCUCGUCAAAGAGGGAGUAUCUGCAGCCUUCGCUGUCAAGCUGUUCAAGUCAUGGAUCAAUGAGAGGGACAUCAACUCUGUUGCUGGCAGUCUCCGCAAAGUCGGCAUGGACAACAGGCUGAUGGAACUCUUUCCUGCCAACAAACGGAGCUGCGAGCAUUUUUCUAAGUACUUCACUGACGCCGGGCUGAAGGAGCUAUCUGACUUCGCCCGAAACCAGCAAUCCAUCGGCGCCCGCAAGGAGCUGCAGAAGGAACUGCAGGAGAUGAUGUCCCGUGGUGACCCUCAGAAGGAGAUUAUCGCCUUCACCAGGGAGGAGAUGAAAAAGGCUGGCCUCUCUGAGCAGGCCAUGAUCAGCAUCAUCUGGACCAGUGUGAUGAGCUGCGUUGAGUGGAACAAGAAGGAAGAGCUGGUGACCGAACAAGCCAUCAAACACUUGAAGCAAUACAGCCCUCUGCUGAAAGCCUUCACCUCCCAGGGUCUGUCCGAGCUCAGUCUGCUGCUGAAGAUCCAGGAAUACUGCUACGACAACAUUCACUUCAUGAAGGCCUUUCAGAAGAUCGUGGUGCUCCUCUACAAAGCGGAUGUCUUGAGUGAAGAGGCCAUACUGAAGUGGUACACCGAAGCCCACCUGGCCAAGGGGAAGAGCGUUUUCCUCGAGCAGAUGAAAAAAUUUGUUGAGUGGCUGAAGAACGCAGAGGAAGAGUCAGAAUCGGACGAAGAGGAGGCCGACUAAAACCUCCAUCGCCAGAUGAGCUUUUUUUUUUUCUUCUUCUUUUUUCUUUUUUGUUUUUUUUACAAGUAGCAGCAGGAGCGGUAGAAUGUCUUUUCCCCUUCUCUCUAUUCUACCUCCUGUUACUUCUAUAUCCCCACACAGACACACACACACACACACACACCCACCACAGACACACACACACACCCUCUUCCAUUACUGAAAAACAUUUAAAUGUUAUUUAAGCAAAAUAAAAAAAGGGCUCAGUCCUAAUUCGUAACAUGUUGGGUGUCGCGGCUGACCGUGGAAGCGGAAAACUUAUGGAUUCUCCCCUCUUUUGCUCAUUCUUUUUGGGGGGUGUUGUUAUUGUAAUGCCUUCUGUAAUUUGGAUACAAAACAUUCGAUGGGAUCACGAUGCUCGUACGAAUCUGAUCCAGAAUUUGGUUAAAAUUCACGUUUGCCUUUUUGCCAUAGGAGGCAGACGAAAACCUUUAGUGUGAUUCAGCCAAAGUUUGUUUCUUCCCCCACCCGCCCACCCCCCCUUUACUUUUAAUUUUGCCCGGCUCAUGUUUUGGCUCCUGUUCGGUCUUAAAACUUGACCUUCUUUCUUGACCUUUUGGUAAACCUGUACCGCGUGUCGAGAUCGCUCUGGUCAGUCCGUCAGAAGACACGCACCCCUGUAAGAUGCCUCGCCAGCUAACUGAUUAUUAUUGGUUUCUACUUUCUUUAAUCUGAUAUAAACCGAUUGACUUUUUUAUGAAAUAAAGAUUAUUGAAAUGGUUCA